AUGUAUCGCUUGGCAGCCCACACCGGCCUCAGACAGGCCCCCCGAAGCAUCGCCAACAACACUGUCCGCCCAGCCCUCGCGACCCCGCGCUUCUUCCAGUCGGUCGACAUCCGCACCAUCAUGAGCUCCUCCUCGGGCGUCAAGGUCUCUGACCGCAUCAAGCACGACCAUGCCGAGCUCGAGCAGCAGUACAAGAACAUCAUUGCUGCCAAGGACACCGACACUCAGACUCGCUGGCAGAACCAGUUCAUCUGGGAGCUUGCCCGCCACUCCAUCGCCGAGGAGAUUGUCGUCUACCCCGCCUUUGAGAAGUUUGUUCCCAACGGCAAGCGGAUGGCCGACAAGGACCGUCAGGAGCAUCAGACCGUCAAGAACCUCCUCUACGAGUUCCAGAAGAUGACUCCCGAGAAUGCCGAGUUCCGCCCUACCCUCGACAAGCUUUGGAGCAAUCUCUCGCAGCACAUCAAGGAGGAGGAGAACGACGACUUGCCCGCUCUUGAGCAGCACAUCGACGCCGACUACUCGGGCCAGCUCGCCACUAGCUUCAACACCACCAAGCACUUUGUUCCCACCCAGAGCCACCCCAGCGCUCCUGACAAGCCUCCUUAUGAGACCGCCGCUGGUCUCCUGACCACCCCGUUGGACAAGUUGAUGGAUAUGUUCAAGAAGUUCCCCAAGGAGGACAUGAAGGCUUAA